CCUUUUUUUUUUUACCAAAUACCUAAAAUUGUUGUUUGGGUAUUUUUUUUUUCAUAUCGAUUUGUGUAUAAUUUUCAUCCAUGGCGGCCGGGAACGAUGAUUGGGAUCUUUCCGCCGUCGUCCGGAGCUGCAAUUCAGCAGUUUCCGCUACUGACCCAACUUCCGCCGCUGCCGCCGCCGCCGCCGAAUCCGCCUUGUCUUGUCUCGCUUCUUUAACGUUCGAGGACGAUCCGAACGACGUCGCAUUCUCCUUUUCCGAUAUCCUUCAACCUAAACAGCCCAACGGAUUCCAUGAAUUACAUCAAGCCUUUAUCUCUUUUCUCCCCAACCCCUCCGCCGGUCCCGCCGCUGUCUCUGCCCCUCCCGCCGUCGUGCCGGAAAUCCCCAACUCAACCCCGAACCACCAUUUCCGACACGGAAUUAAACCCAUUCGGCCGAAUCCACAUCCUGCGGCGCUGCAGCACCACCACCACCACCGGCAACCGCCGUUUCCGCCAGACUUCCCUAGUUCGCCAAUGACGCAAUCUCUCAUGCCCAAAUCGAGAAAAAGGCAAAACCAACAGAAGAGAACUGUAUGCCAUGUUACAGCAGAUAAUCUCUCAACAGACAUGUGGGCUUGGCGUAAAUAUGGGCAAAAGCCCAUUAAAGGAUCUCCAUAUCCAAGAAAUUAUUACCGUUGCAGCAGCUCAAAAGGGUGUGGAGCAAGAAAACAAGUUGAACGGAGCAACGCCGAUCCCGAAACUUUCAUCAUCACAUACACCGGAGAUCACAGUCAUCCCCGUCCAACUCACCGGAAUUCCCUGGCCGGAAGUUCCCGGAACAGGUCCUCCUCUGCCUCCAUCCCCACUCGACACCCCACCACGGGAGAUCCCGAUUCCUCCCUGACCGCUCUCGUGGCCUCUUCCUCUUCCCCGGCAGCUUCUCCAAUCACACCAUUGAACGACGACGAAGGUGGAGGCGGUGAGAAAGACGAAGAGAUGUUUGAAGAUAUGAAUAUUGAUAGUGAUGAUGAUGACGACGACGACGACAUUUUGAUUCCGAACUUGACGGUGAGAGAUGAAAUCUUUGUUGGCUUUGAUGAGCUAGGGAGGCGGCGGCCAUCGUAAUCCGACGAUGGCGUUGGUGGC